ACAUACAAAACCAUGCCUGAUCCAGUGAAAGCACCCAAGAAGGGCUCCAAGAAAGCCGUCUCCAAGUCCACCAAGACCGGCAAGAAGAGGAGGAGGACAAGGAAGGAGAGCUAUGCCAUCUACGUCUACAAGGUCCUGAAGCAGGUCCACCCUGACACCGGGAUCUCCUCUAAGGCCAUGGGCAUCAUGAACUCGUUUGUGAGUGAUAUCUUUGAGCGCAUCGCUGGUGAAGCCUCUCGUCUGGCUCAUUACAACAAGCGCUCUACCAUCACCUCCAGGGAGAUCCAGACCGCCGUCCGCCUGCUGCUGCCCGGAGAGCUGGCCAAGCACGCCGUGUCUGAGGGCACAAAGGCUGUGACCAAGUACACCAGCUCCAAGUAAACCAACUGUCUGACAGAAACAACACAACGGUCCUUUUAAGGACCACCCAUUUCUAUUUGAAGAGAUCAUUCCCUGAUCCUAAAUUGUUAAUGAAGAUACAGCGAAACAGUCAGUGGUGUUUUAACACCAUAUUGUCUUGCAUUGUGACAUUAAUUUCACCUGGUAGUGCUGUUCCAUUUAAUUGUGGUGGAUAUCCCUGUGCUUCACAGUGAGCUCCCUCCCACCCCC